AAUGCGUCCCCAUACACUCGAAAGCAAUGGAUAACCAAAGCCAAAAUUCAUGUGAAAAUCUUCUAUUUGAUAAAUCUACUGAAGUACUGUUGUAUCCCGAUUUGUUUCCAAAUGAACCACCAUCGCUAGAUGCUCAAAUUAAGCGUGGAAUCAAGGAACUCAAACGAAGAAAUGCGAAAAAACCUCAAUCAGUUCCAAAACAAAAAGCCGUAACUAUUACGAAAAUCGUCUAUCCUAAGCCAGCGAGGUUUGGCGGCUGCCGUCAUAAUGGGCAAAUAAUAAUAGACCGAGAAAUAUUAAAGCCAAGUGAGCAUAUUCGUUUAUUGGCAUUGCCACGAGUAAAGCCUCAACCCAAGAGCACACGUAUUGUUACGAAAACUAUUCUUGCCGCUACCAAUCAUAUUAAAUCAUUAGCUCAACCAAAGGCAUCAUAUGUACGUGAAGUUAUUAGCCAAUACGGAAAAUACUUAAAGCAGAAGCAAAUUGAAAGGAUGAACGAACGUUUAAAUGCUCGAGAUUACCUAAGUGUGGGCGAAUCACGCCAGUACGCUCGCCAGCAGAGACGUGACGAGAAGCUUUGGUUACGCCACCGGCAACGACAAAGUCGUUAUCUGAAACGCCGCAUCGUCCGACUGGAGGUAUCCUACCUUCGCGAUAUCAUGGAAAAAGUUUAUCGGCAAACUAGGUCCUACUUCUUGAACGAUGCUCAUCCACAACUAGAAAAUGAUCUUGCGAUAGCAUCCAAAAUUAUUCUUCACAGGAUUUCUGAUUUGGUUGGUUCGAAAAUCCCUCGAAAAGAUGGUGAUGAUAUGCUAGAUUCAUUCUACUGUGAGCUAACCGAUAAGAUUGUUUUGUGGAUGUGGCGUAUCAUGCAGAGCAGUGGAAUAACGUUUGAGCGCCCUGAAGACGUUGAAAAGCGUUUAUCAGCUGCAUCUAGCAUUUUCGAAGAUUUGUCCCUAUUUCGCGGAGGUGAUGGCAUUGAACAGGAAAGCAUCGAGAAAGAAUUCCUGGCUGACAAAGAAACACAGGACAUAGCAUCACAGAUACUUGAAAUUUGUAUAGCAUCCGCCUUUUCAGCACUGCACAAUAUGAAAAAUCAAUGAAACGCGAAUAAAAAGGACAUACCUACAAUAAUAAGAACACAUUUUUAGAAAACUAAGAAUUGUUUUUCGAAAUAUUUGCGGUAUAAAUAUGGGAUUCCGUAACACAAUCUUAUACAAUUUCUUUCUUCGUUUUCAAGAUGUAAUUUGACUACAAAAUGACCAAAUACCAUUCAGUAUGAUUAUUUUCGGAACAAAAAAAAACUUUAGCAGAACAAGCAACUUUAGUCACCAUCUCAAAUUCUAAGAUGGCAACGUGCGGGAAUACAGCCUAAAACGAUCACACACUGUCUGAAAUGGGUAUUUCCGGAAACAGAAUGAUGCCCUAAGGUCGAAAAUUACCUCAAAGACCUUAUUUUGGAAUCUAGGACGACGACUUCUAGUUUCCAAAGUAUAGACCGUUUUAUACCUCAUUUGACUUUUUCCAAGAUCCAUCCUAAGAGGAAGAAAUACCACCAGAAACAAAUACUCAGGCGGCAUCCA